AAGUUCUUAUAAGUAGAGAGAGAACAGAGAGAGUUGCAGACUUGAACACGCAACAUUAUAUCAGGACCUAUAGACACCUGGACCAACCUGGAGAGAACACAACAUUAUAUCAGGACCUAUAGACACCUGGACCAACCUGGAGAGAACACAACAUUAUAUCAGGACCUAUAGACACCUGGACCAACCUGGAGAGAACACAACAAGAUGAGGAUCCUGCUGAUAGUCAUCCUCCUCUCCUUCAUGACAGGUUGUUUGAGCUCCUUCAAAGUGACAGGAUACUCUGGAGGAACUGUCAUCAUCUCCUGUCAAUAUUCCACAGAAGAAAGAAGUAAUGAGAAAUAUUUCUGCCUGAGGCAGUAUAUAUUGAGUUGUAAGGAUCAAAUCAGAACUGUAUUGAAUAACACCUGGAAGCACAGUGGUAGAUUCUCUCUGUAUGACAACACUAGAGGAAACUACUUCAAGGUGAUCAUCAGACAACUGACCAGACAAGAUGAAGGGACCUACUGGUGUGGAGUGGACCAACCUACUGCACCUGACAGUUAUACCAAGGUAGAGCUGGAGGUGAAGAAGGAUGACUGCUGUGAGAAGUCAGUCACAGAGACGGCCUUUCUGGGAGGAGAAGCUACCAUCAGAUGUAACUAUCCAGAGGACCAUGAGGACAACAUCAAGUAUUUCUGCAAGGAAAGCAAUGACUUCAAGACUUGUGUUUAUAUGAUCGCUGCUCACCAGACAACUGCAGAAGCUGGUCGUUUCUCUGUUUCUGAUAACAGAACAGAGAGAUUCUCCACAGUGACCAUCAGUGACCUGACUGAAGAUGAUACUGGGACCUACUGGUGUGGAGUAGAAACCAGCAGGACAGAACAACGUUACAUUACACUGAUCACACAGGUGAAGCUGCUUGUUAUAAUGAAACCAACCAACACCACAACAACAACAACAGCACCACCAGACCCACCCACAACCACCUUCCUCUCACCAUCAUCAUCAUCAUCAUCAUCAUCAUCAUCAUCAUCAUCAUCAUCAUCACCACCAUCAUCACUCAACGGAUCUGGUACCUCAGUGGUCAUCAUGGGGUCUGUUAGUCUGGUAGUGUUACUGCUAGUGAUCAGCCUGAUCAUAGUCUACAGAGGGAAAUACAACAAGGUCACAGGAUCUGUCUCUUCAACACACAGAGUGAGUCCAGACACAGUAAACAAUGACGGGGGUUGUCAUGGUGACGGUGACUAUGAGGAGAUAAUGGAGCGCCCCCUACAGUCAGACUCAGAUGCUGUGACCUCCACCAUCUACGCCACCGCCAACUUACCCACAAGCCGCUCUGAGUCUCCCCACUACGCCAGCGUCAACUUCCACAAGAUCCCCAGUGGCCCCAAUGAAGCAACUGCCACCAUCACUAAAGAGGGCAGCUGCCCCAAUGAGGACAUCACUGCCAUUACUAAAGAGGGCACUUCAUCAUGUGACUAUGCUACUGUGAACUGUCAAAGCCCCACCUACUCUACUGUCAAUCAUCCACACCGUUCCUCUGAGGCUCCUCCCAUCUCCUCCACGGGCAGCAUACCCAUAUACACUUGAGUCACUGGCAACCAAUCACAAGAUACAUACACUCACAGUCUACUUCCUGUUCUCUCAGUGACAGUGAGUUUGCAUGUCUUGCCCUGUUUAGCAGAUGUAUCACUUUAUGGAAAAUGUAUAACAUCUAUAUCCCUGCACAAAACUGACAGUGAUAUAGGGGUGGAGUCGAUAUAGGGGUGGAGUCGAUAUAGGGGUGGAGUCAACAAACUCCGCCUUCGCAGUUUAAACUGUUCAAUAUGAGCACAGCCACCCAGUAGAUUAUAAUGAUGAUGAUGAUGAUGAUGAGCAUUAUAAUAAUUAUAAUUAUAAUUUUAUUGUGAUGUUAUUUUGUCUUAAUUGUAUUUAUGAUUGUACAUUCUUAACUAAAUAAUAACAUCUGACUUCUCUAGACUGUUCCUCCUGACAACAAAGAUAAUCUAUUAUGGGAUGCAGGUAGCCCAGCAGUUAAGAGUGUUGGGCCAGUAACUGCAAGGUAGCUGGUUUGAAUCCCUGAGCCGACUAGGUGAAACAAGGCAUUAAUUGUGGCUGGACCAGGGAGAUGUGUUGUGUUAAGGGGAAUGUGUCUGGACCAGGGGAAUGUGUCUGGACCAGGGGGGUGUGUCUGGACCAGGGGGAUGUGUUGUGUUAAGGGGAAUG